GUUUUACUUUGCAAAUGUCGUGAAUUAGAACCAAUCAGAUCUCUUGAACACAAUGCAUCACAUCAUUGGAAUAAACGAAGAGGGAUAAAAAAAUGUCUACACUAUGGCUAUAAAAUAUUUUAGUAAAUGUUCUGGAUGAAUAUGCUCACAUCUUUUAUUCAAAACGCGAAAUUUUGAGCAGUUCUAUGCACAAAACGACAAAAAACAAGAUAAGUCCUAUCGAGUUCCAACAUGUGUAAAAAAAAAAUCGUGCGCAUUUUAUAUUUCAUAAAUUUUUGGCUUACAACGCAUACUAGUUAAAUAGAACCGGAAGUUGGUCCCGUUACUGCUUUCAUGGUAGUGUAAACAAUACAAACCGAAUGAUAUAAAAAUCAUUACGAUGGUUUCUACUCUAUGUAGUUCGCUGUUCGAGUGAAAAAAAUGUCUUUCAUUAUUCCAUCUAUACGUCCUAAACCUAAGGUUAGGACCACUUCAAAUACAUUAUCUAAUCAAAAGCUAAGUUCUUUUCAAGAGACUUCUAUUGAAUUUGCGGAGAUGAAAAGAAGGCUUUUGGAAACUGAACAAACGCUUCGAAAUCUUAACACGCUUGAAGAAGAUACUUUAUAUGAAACAUCAGAUCUGGCAUUUUCUUUAAACUACCCACCAAAUCAUCAGCCAAAACCUCCAGGGUCUUAUGAAGGAACUGGCAGUGUAAGAUCAGCUCCAGAAUCCUACACAAUAUUUGCCAACAAUAACAUGCGUGGAAGUACUCCAAGCAAAAGUCAAGCCUUCUCGUAUACACAAGCUGAUGAGAGAUUUGAUUCAGAUAGCACAUGCUCAACUGACUCAACUGAAACAAAUAAUUGUAACAAAUAUGAGAGAAAGCUGUUCCACCAGAAUCAACGGUUGUUGAGAGAAGUGGAACGAUUAAUUGGAGAACUGCAUAAAACUAAGUUGGAGGUAACAUCAUUACAAAAAUCUUCUGAACUUGCAAAGAAAGUUCCGGAUUUAGAAGAUCGCAUUGAAGGCCUGGUAGCUGAAAAUAGAGCUCAAGAUAAAGCACUAAGAGAUGCUGAAAGUCACAUUGAAGAAGGAGCCAAAAGAAAUGUUGAACUUCAAAAAAAGAUUGAACAGCUAGAAAUUGAAAAUGCUGAUCUUCGUUUGGAGUUGAAAGAAACUACACAUAAUAAAAGAGCCAUUGAAAUACAGAGAGAUGAAGCUUUACAAAAUUUAAUGGAGGCUCAUGAUUCGCUGGAAGAUUACCAGAGAAGGAUAAAAGAUAAGGUUAAGAAGAUGGAAAAGGUUGAAGAUGAGCUCCGUGAUGCCGUGACUAGAACCUCUCAAGAAAGAGAUGAUGUCGUGGAACAGCUCACUGAGAUUCAAGCUUCAGUGUCAUCCCAGGAAGCACAAAUCAACCGACUUCUUAAUGAUGUGGAAAUGGAAACAACUCGAAGGUUGGAAGUUGAAGAUGAAAAAAAUGGAUUGCAAGAGCAGUUGGACCAAUUGGUUGCUGAUCUUGAUAAGUUAGAAAAAGAAUUGAAAGAAACCAAAGAAAUAAAGAAAGAGAAAUUAUUCUUAGAGACUGAAAUGAAGGAGCAUCGCAAAAUGGCCCAAGAAAUUGCAGAUUUACUUGUACAGAUCUAUCAUAACCAAAACAAAAAUGUUCUGGAUGAUAGUGGUAAUUUUAGUCUACAGACCAAACAUGAAAUGAGGAUGUGGCCUGACACACUAAAUGCUUUAAAUGCAGAAUUGAAUAAAAAUAAUAAUGGCCUUGCAGAACUGAACUCAAAUAAUAAUGGACUUAGUUGUGAGGGAGGAGGAGCAACAAUGAUGGGAGAGUUACGAAAUCUAUUCAGUAACAUGGAUGGUGAAAUCCAGCGUCUACGAUAUGAUUUGAAGCAAAGAGAUGCAGAUGACAGAACAUACCAGAAUUUGCAUGAUGAACUCAAAGUUCUGAUGGAUAAAGUUGAAGGAGGUGUACGGGCCAAUCAAGAACUUGAGUGCGCUGUUUGCGCUUUAGAAGAUGACAAAAGAAACUUAAACUUAAAACUGGAUGAGGCUAUUCAUACAAUUGCAGAGCGAGAACGACAAAUUCAAUGUUUGGACACUCGCCUCAACGAACGGAAUCAUCAAGUUGUCUGUCUCCAAGAAGACAACAGCGUGAAAGCUCAGAGAAUCGGUAUUCUUGAAAAAGAUUUAGAUUGUUGUGAGCGUAGACUGAAACUUGCAAGCUCUGGAAGCAAUGAGAGCCUCGAACAGCUCAAAGCAGCAGAAGACAGGAUCAAAGAACUUGAGGAAAUUCUUAAAUGCAAGGAAUCUUCCAUCCAGGACCUGCAGAAUCAGAUCGUCAAGUUACAAAAAGAUAUGCGUUGUCUACAACAAAAAAGUGAGAAAAAGAGCGAAUGCCUUAGUCAACAAAUUUAUGAAUAUCAGAAGCAAACAGAUCAGCUAACUUCUGAUAAUGAUUCAAUGCGCCAAAAACUGAACAAUCUCACUAAAAACUCGGAGGAAUGUAAACGUUGUCUUAGAGCUAAAGAAGAUCACAUACGUUGUUUAGAUCUUCAAAUUGAUGAACUCAAAGUGACGAUAGAGGAGAAAGAUAAAUUGCAUUGUAAACUUCUCGAAUCGUACCAACAAAAGAUUUGUAAAUCAAAUGAACAAAUAAAAAAUCUGGAAUGUGCUCUUAUGAUGUGCAAGAACGAAGUUCAAAUGCACCUGGAGACCAUGGACAAGAUAAAAAAUCAUUUCGAAUGUGAACUAAGCAACAGAGAUGGUUGCAUAAAACAUUUAAAAGAAGAAAUUCGCAAAGUAACAGAAGAUCUCAAGUGUCGCACAGAAGAAGUUUGUAAUCUUGAACAAACGUUAGCAGAUGCCAAUGUUAAACUGGCUAAUUCCUACAAUCAGUUGAAAGCAGCUGAUAAUAAUAUUUGUUGUCUAACUGAAAAGUUAAAAAAUGCUGAAAAUCAAAUGCUGAAAGAUAAAGCCUGCUACAUGAAAGAGACAGAAGAAUUAGAACGUCGUUUAUCUCAGGCACUAAAUAAUUUACAGUGUACACAUGAAGAAAUUAACAAGCUGAAGAAUUGUCUCUCUGAAAAGUGUUCACUAUUGGACUGCUUACAGGGAGAGAAAAAUAGCUUGUGUCGAGAUUUGACAAAAUGUAAAGAAGUAGCUUGUUGCUUACAAGACAAGCUUAGCAAAAUGGAAAAAGACAAUCAAGAAUUAUGCAGACAGCUUCAACAGAAAAUGGACUGCAUACGUGAUUUAGAGAGUAUAGUAUGUAAUAAAGACCAAGAAAUCAAAUGUUGUCAACGAUUUAUUGAGGAGCUACAAGAAAAACUAAAGUGCUUACAAGAAAAUUCUAGCGGCGGCGCAUCUGCUUCUCUCCAAGAUAAAAUCAAAAGUUGCAGAGAAGAGCUUCUAUGUCAGUCCAAGAUGUUGUGCGAGUGUGAAGAAGCACUUAAACGAAGUCAGAUGGAACUGCGGGACAAAUGCGAGGAGAUUAGAAUGCAAAAUUGCACUUUAGAAGAAUUAAAUUGCAAACUUCAUGAGCGAAUAGCUCGGGUUGAUGAACUUGAGAAAGCUAUAGAAAAUCUGAAUAAAGAUAUUGAAAAGCGAAUGAAGCGAGUUGAUGAACAACUUAAGAAAUACGAGUGUGAGCUUUGCGAUAAAUCAAAGCAGAUUGCAGAUCUUGACGACUGUUUAACGCGAUGCCAGCAUAACCUAAAUGAGAAGGCAAAUGAGGCUUGUGUUUUGGAGCAGAAGAAUGCUCGAUUAUGUUCAGACUGGAAUGCUUGUCAACUUAAGCUCAAGGAAUGUGAAGAGACAAGAGAAUGUCUAGGCAAAGCGUUAAGUGAACAAAGAGCAGAAAAUGCUGAGUUGUCUCAAGAACUUAGAGUAACACGAGAACACUUGCAGCAAAAACAUCAAGAAUUGGUUGACACACAGCAAAGCUUAUGUGUCUGUAACAGAGAAUGUGAUAGAGCAAGGCGGGAAUGUGACGACCUUAGAAAUAUUCUUGCUCAAAGAGCCUGUGAAAUUGAACACCUAGCAGAAGAGAAGAAUUGUUUAGUCAGUAAAGCUGCACACCUCACAUGUCGAUUAGAAAAUGAGACUUGCCAACUUCAAAAUCAAAUGGCAGAAAUGAAGUGUAGACUUGAAAAAGAGAAUGAAUCACUGCGCAUCUUCCAAGGUGAAAUUGAAGAAAAUAACGCAUGCUUACUUCAAAAGUUAGCGGCAUGCCAAAGACAACUCUCUCAAGUAGAAAAAUGCUGCCAUCAGAAGUUAGAUUGCAUGAACAGAGAACUUGAAGAUCUAAGCAGCAAACUAGCUGACAGAGAGGAUCAGAUAGCGCAGUGUAAAGAAUGCUUAAAUCUCAAGGAUUCUGAAGUGAUGCGAUUGAAAUUAAGGCUUUGUAGUACAGACAGGUGUGGAGAUAACUGCUCUAGUAAUAAUCGCUGCUCAAACAACAGUAACAUUCCUGAUCAUGAGUGCAGCCAUCCUGACAGUUAUGGCCAGGACAAUGUAGACAGUCCCGUUCCUCUCCUGCUAUCUCAGCAUCAAAAUGGCAGGUUUAACCUUGCCCCCAACAAGCAUAAGUGGAAAUCAGAUGGAGAAGAGGAGAGGACAGAAUCCAUAACAGACAAACCUAGAGAAAACUUACAUGACUCUAGGGAAUCAAAUGACAAUGACAGAGAAGUAGACUCAAGUCAUCGAACCAGCGUAGGAGUGUCAAAUGUGCAAGAACAAAUUCGCUCAAAUGAAAUUCGCCAGAAAGAAAUAGAAAGAGAACUGAAGUUCAUUGAAAAAAAAACACCAGAAGCUACACACAGUAACAUCUGCAAAGUUGGAGGACAGUGUUAGUUAAAAAGAAACAUCAUUUAUUUUACUACAUAAAAUUGAUUCCCUUUAUAAAAAAAACAGCCAUUUAAAAAAAUAUUUUGUUUCUAAUAAACAUCUUUUUUUAUUUUAUAGCCACUUUUUAUAAAAUAAAUGAUAAAAAGACAGGACAGAAACAUCUUGAGAUUCAUUCUCUCUUCAUACUUUAACAUGCACUCCCUCAGUUAUGUACAAAACUAGGCUCAUUUUAAACUCUAAAAAGCUAAAAUAAAGGUACUGUAUUUUCAGUGUCAUGUAAUUUUACUGAGCAAUAUGAAUGAUUAGAAAGAGCUUAGUAUUUGUAUUUUAUAUCUAGUCAAUGCAGAUUUAGCACUGAUUUAGCUUAUUCAAGUUUUAAACUUGUGAUUCUCAAAGGUUCUCAAGAUUGAUUCCUUAUUAGAGAUGGUUUGCAUAUACAUUUAAAUCUUGAUUAAGUAGUAUAAGAUCUUCCUGAAUAUUUAGUAAAAUUGAUCUGAAUUACUGGUAGGUGACUUUUGUAAUAUCAAAAUUUAUAUUUGUAUUUUUUCAGUGCCAUUAGAUUAUUUAAAAAAAAAUAUUGAAUUUAUUUUUCUUUUGAUAAGCCAGCUUAUAUAAAGCUGCAUUAAUGAAUUCUUGUGAGGGUUUUCGGAUUUCAUGUCACUUCUGAUGAUCUUAAUUUUAAUAAAACUCCACUUUGUACAUAAAA